CUUGGAGAGCUCAGCGGCUUCGCCAUAAGCAUGGUGCACGGACUGACAAGUAGGGCAGACUGGGAACAGCACAGACACAGGUGAAAAGGAGUAGAGAAAGAGCCACCCUUGUCCUGCAGCGCGCAGAGAGGGCGUUCGCAAGAUGAGCAGUGCAGAGUCGACCGAGGCUGCGGGUACACUUAACGCUGUGCGACCAACGUCCGACGUACCAGAAGAGGAGCCCAGUGCUGUUGUCGAAGAAAUUGGGGAUGCUCAACUUACGCACACAAAAAAUCUAGAGGCGGGAAAAGUGCAAGCGACAAAGGGACACGAUGCACCUGCACAAGAGGUCGACAGCCUGUCGAAUCAGGCCAAAGCCCUUGAACUUGGCGGCGAGCCCAUGAACGAACAAAGGCACUGGCCCGACGAGUCAGCAGGACAAUUACUUGACGUAAACAAUGAGCCUCAAGGCGCGAAGAUCAACUCUGAUGAAAAACAGCACGGUAUCUCACAAGAGUCAGCGGCAACAGGGACGUCGAAGACCGCCAACGCAGAUAAAGCAGAACUGGCUAAGUGUGAAAGCCCUACACUACCCGAUGAAGAAGAAGCAGCGUCUGCAUCUGUACAACAGGUGCUUCCAGAGACUGAAGGACAACAACAUGAUGUGCAGGAUCCGAAGUCAGAGUCAGUAGAGCCGAUAGCUCCAUCUCCAGUGGAAAAGACUCCGCCCGCAAGUGCGCCGGAAGUGCCGCGAAAGGAUGUGGACGGCAGCUUGGAGGCAGUCGCUCAUGCUUUCGGUAAAGGGACGAGCACUCCAUCUCAUAGCAGAAGCGCAUCACCAGUGAUCAGAGCUGCAGCAGCGUCCGGGUCUGGUUCCGGGUCGAAGCGGCAGAGCGGGGACUCGUCGCGAGCGGAGAAAGCGCCGACAUCUUCAGGCAAGGAGGGAGAGGGCCGGCAGCCAAAGCGAAAGGAGAGCAUACCGAAUUCUAAGGCAGCAGAAGAGGCCCCUUUCGAUUUCAACAAGUUUCUCGAGCAGAUGAAGCACCGUGGAGCUGCCCCAGUAGGGGAAUACGUCCGAAGCUUCAUUCGCGGGUUUUCCCGCAAGCCGUAUCGGACAAAUGAUCAGAUCAAGCUUAUCAAUGACUUCCUCGCCUUCAUCCAUGAGCAGAUGGCAAACACGCCGCCGUGGUCCACGCUGUCCGGUCCCGAGUUCGACAAUGCAAAGGAGGCAAUGGAGAAGCUUGUCAUGAAUCGGCUAUACCCAUUCACUUUUUCGCCAGCUGUCGCCAAAGAGGGCAGAUGGCCUGUGCAGACUGACGACCUGGAACGAGAUUCAGUGCUGAACCAAAAGAUGAGACUGUUCGAGUGGGUCAAGGAAGAGCAUCUUGAUGUGCCGACAGGAGAGCACUCUCGUGGCUUUGUAGAGUUUGGCGUGACCGAGCUACUCAAAAUCAACCAUUACAAAGCUCCUCGAGAUAAACUUAUCUGCGUUCUAAACUGCAGCAAGGUCAUCUUUGGAUUGAUCCGACAUUUGUAUCAAGGCGAGGACGCAGACACGUUCUUACCUAUUCUCAUCUUCAUCGUCCUGCGCGCAAGGCCGGAGCAUCUCAUUUCAAAUGUCGAGUACAUCAAUCGGUUCCGAAGUCCCGAGCGCUUAUCGAGCGAAUCCGGGUACUAUCUCUCCAGCCUGAUGGGUGCAAUUUCUUUCAUUGAGCAGAUGGAAUUCUCAAGCUUCUCAAACUUGACGCAAGAAGACUUUGAGAGGAACAUCGAGGUGGCCGCUGCAAGGCUAGCAGAAGAGAGCAAGGAGAUGGACCGAAGAGAGCGUUCCGCCUCUGAUGGCGGCCAUGGGGAUGGGGUGGGCGAAGAAGAAGCACGAUCGAUUGGACUGACCCCUGUAGCGGCGGCGCUAGCGGACGAUACUCGAGCUUUCUUGCAACGUACUGGCGAGGCCGCACGCUUAGGUAUGAGCAAGCCCAUUGGCGUGAUCGGGCGCUUUUUAAGUGAAGCGACAGACGGGAUACGAACGCCUUCGAGCGUGGGAACGGCGAGUGGCUCAGGCAGCGAAUCCGGUCGAGAAUCACCGCCACAAAGGGUCACGCUCGCGCCUUUCCCACCAGACACUCCAAAAAGUGGCUUGCUUGGAAUGAGCACAAGUGAGAGCUCCCAGGUGGCCAGGGACGGGAGCGCAGCCGAGAGACUCAGCGGCUUCAGCUUCGGGUCAUGGCGUGGCAGCCGCCCUCCGGACGGCGGUGGCGAGCAGCCGCAGUUCGGGCCCCAGACGCCGACAUCCGCUCAUUCUAGCACUGGACACGGAAACUCUCAGCAACCUGCUGCGGCUCGGCGUUCGUGGCUCGGCGCUCCGGCACAAUUGCUCGCCGACACGCCAUGUGGCGACAGUCCCGCUUCAUUCGCCUUGAGCUUUGGCGACGGCAGGGCGCCGGAUUCACCAAGCGUUCGCUUGGCAGACGCUGGUCGAAACCCUCAAGUGCACACAGCAUCUCUGGGUUGGGAGAUGAGUGCCGGUGAUCUGGCGGACAUAUCAGCACAGGCGGAACGCGUGUACCGUGACAAGAUGGACGCAGCAGUUGAGACACUCAAGGGGAUCUUUCCCGAGACCGAGCACGAUGUCUGCAUGAUGGUGCUUGAAAGCUGCAAUGGCGAUGUGCAAGCAGCUAUUGACAGACUGCUUGAGAUGUCUUGAGCGGGUCGGCAGCCAUGAUGUAGUCGUGGCGCCAUGCAGCAACUUUCACUAAGCAAUAGAUGACAGCCUAGAG